UGCCACACAGCGAGUUCUGCCCUCCAAACUGCCUCUGACUUUGGUGGUCAAUUCCACAUGUAAAUCGAAAAAUCGAAGAGAAAUGGAGGAACUGAAGUGAAAACCUUCGGGAAGGAAGGAACGAAGGAUGAUUGCUUCCUCUCCUUCCAUUCUAGUUCCAUUCACCUUCACUUUUCAGUUUCCUCCCUUAUCUCUCACCCUCCACCUGAUCUCUCACCUCUCUUUCCUCUCUCACUUCUCACCAGGUCUUUUCACGUCUGCCGACUCUCUCUUCUCCCUCACCACACAACUGUGUGCUGUUUUCUUCAUCACAACAGCGUUCCAUCCUCCAUUUUCAACUCCACAAUCCCAUCGCAAGAUCAUCUUCCUUGAGAUUAUCUCCCCUGUGUCAUCUUCCUCGAAAUUACUUUCUCAAUCUCUUGACUUCGACAAGAGUUAACCUUAGAAUCUCUACCAUCCUUCGUCAAGCGUUAGCAGAGUGGAUUUCCCGUGAUUGCCUUUGCAUUUCCUACUCGCAAACACUUACUUGGUUGUAAGUACAGGUGACCCGAGGCCCAAUUACGGCUCCUGAGCUGACUGGACCUACUUUGAAAG